AUGGUGACGGUGGUUGCAACCCAUUACCAGCUGCUACUCCUGGAACACAUGGGGGAGGAAUGGAAUGGGGUGGAGGACUCCUUCGUCCAGAUGGCCCUGCAGCUGGCUUACCUCAGGCUCCACGGCAGCCUCUCCCAGCACAACCCAGCCUCACCCAAGCCUCUCCCUCUCCCACAACAGACAAGUGAGAGGAGGGAGAAGCUGAUGAAGGCCAUUAAGAGACACAACCAGCUGAGGGAGAGGUGUGAGGCCAACCAAGGAGUGGACAGGCACCUCUUGGGUCUUUACCUGGUUGCGAUGGAGGAAGGAGAGGAAGUGCCAGAAAUAUUCACUGACCCAGCCUUCUGUAGGAGCAUCGUUGGCUACACUGACUCGUAUGGAGGGGUGGCAGCCAUGACACCUGAUGGAUACGGGUGUUUCUACUCCAUUCAGCAGGACAGGAUUUCCUUCAUCGUGACGUCCUUCGUGGCUUCACAGGAGUCUAACGGCCGGGCCUUCACCGCGGCUGUCACUCAGUCACUUAGAGAGAUGUGGGAGCUGGUUGCAACGCUUCGGUCCUCCCUCUAG